AUGGCGUCCAAAGGCGCCGUGCUGCCUCUGCUGAGGCGUGAAAUGCGCUCCACCCGUCGAUUCACCCGAGUCAACGCUGCGUUGACAACUCCAGCCCGAAGCUUCAUCACAACCCCAGUCUCGACCGCCGGUCGACGAUUAGCUCGCCGAACGGCAACCUUCACCCCGCUUCCUCAGAUCCGCGCCUUUUCACAGUCAGCAGCACGACGGUUGACAGAUGAGGGUGGCAAUUUCGAUCCCCGAACACUGGAGCGCGAGUCAGAUGAGGUGGAUGUUUGCAUUGUGGGAGGUGGUCCCGCUGGUCUAGCCGCUGCCAUUCGGCUGAAGCAGCUCGCCAUUGAUGCUGGUAACGACGAAUUCCGAGUGAUCUUGUUGGAGAAGGCAGGUGAGCUCGGAGCCCAUAUCGUCUCGGGCAACGUCCUGCAACCGACUGCCAUGAACGAGCUCUUCCCCGACUGGCUCGCCGAAGAUAACCCAUACCGCUUCGAGGGCGCGACCCCCGCCAAGGGCGAUAAGAUGCGCUUCCUCACCAAAAACUCCUCAUUCCCUCUUCCCGCACCCCCGCAGAUGAACAACCAUGGCAACUAUAUCGUUAGCUUGAACGAGUUGACUAAGUGGCUAGGCGAGCGCGCAGAGGAGCUAGGAGUGGAGGUGUAUCCCGGAUUUGCGGCGAGCGAGGUCGUCUAUAAGCCCGAUGGCUCAGUGAAGGGCGUUGCCACUAAUGAUCUCGGCCUGGGCCGUGACGGCCAGCCCAAGGACAACUUUGAGCGCGGCAUGGAGUUUCACGCGCGUGUCACCCUCCUGGCUGAGGGUUGCCACGGCAGCUUGACGAAGCAGGUGAUCAAGAAGUUUGAUUUGCGCCGGGACAGUCAGCCGCAAACCUACGGCUUGGGUAUUAAAGAGAUUUGGGAGAUCCAACCGGAGAAGUUCAAGUCGGGUGAGAUUAUACACUCCAUGGGCUACCCCUUACCCAAGGACACUUACGGAGGUGCCUGGAUGUACCACUUUGGCGAUAACAUGGUCAGCAUUGGUUUGGUUGUUGGUUUGGACUACCCGAACCCGUGGCUGUCACCAUACCAGGAAUUUCAGAAGAUGAAGCACCACCCGAUGUUCAAGGAAGUACUGGAGGGGGGCAAGUGCAUUUCUUACGGAGCCCGUGCCCUGAACGAGGGUGGAUUCCAGUCCAUCCCUAAGUGUGCAUUCCCUGGCGGUGCCCUGAUCGGCGACACAGCGGGAUUCUUGAAUGUGCCCAAGAUCAAGGGCACGCACACGGCGAUGAAGUCCGGCAUGCUGGCUGCGGAGGCUGCCUACAACGCGCUGCAGGGCGAGACCGACGAAGGUACCGUAUUCCUCUUUGAUUAUGAGAAGUCCCUCCGCGACUCGUCCAUCUGGAAGGAGCUGUACGAGGUGCGUAAUAUGCGGCCAUCCUUCAACACUCCUCUUGGCUUCUUCGGCGGCCUGCUGUACUCCGGUCUCGAGGCCUACGUGUUCCGCGGCCGGGUCCCCUGGACCCUGAGCCACCACGGCACGGAUGCGGCAGCCACCAAGCCCGCAUCCCAGUAUAACAAGAUCGAGUACCCCAAGCCCGAUGGCGAGAUCAGCUUCGACAUCCUUACCAGCGUGAGCCGCACCGGCACCAACCACGAGGAGGAUCAGCCGGUGCACCUGCAGGUGGAGGACUGGGACAAGCACAAGGAUCUAGCGUGGCCCGUGUACAAGGGAGUGGAAAACCGAUUCUGCCCAGCCGGGGUGUACGAGUACGUGGAGGACCCCAGCAAGGAGCAUGGCGUGCGGUUCCAGAUCAACGCGCAAAACUGUAUCCAUUGCAAGACCUGUGAUAUUAAAGUACCAACCCAGGACAUCAACUGGCAAACCCCCCAGGGCGGUGAAGGUCCUAAGUAUAUCAUGACCUGA